AUGGCAAACCCUGCUGCCUACUUGCAACAGCAACAACUGCUUCCAUUCAACCAACUGCCUGUGGCGAACACCGCCGCGUACCUACAACAUCAGCAGUUGCUGUCAGUUAACCCACUGGCAGUUGCUAACCCAUUGGCUGCCGCCUUCCUCCAGCAACAACAAUUGUUGCCAUUCAACCAGAUAUCUUUGAUGAACCCUGCCUUGUCGUGGCAGCAACCCAUCGCUGGAGGUGUCAUCUUCUAG